AUGGCCGACGGGGAUGUGCCAUUGGUCACGAGUUUUGGCGGCAGCGAAAUCGAAUUUGGCGCUAACGGAACCAAAGUGACGAGAACAAAUUCAAGGAUGUCCACCCUGCUUUUCUGGCAGGGCCGCAGUAAGGCCAACGGUGCCCCCAACGGCCGCAACUGGAUACACGCUCCUGACGCGCUCGUCAAAGGUCACGUUGCAUAUCUUGUUAAGUUCCUAGGCUGCACCCAAGUGGAUCAGCCCAAAGGCAUCGAGGUAGUCAAGGAUGCAAUCAAGAAACUCCAGUUCACACAACAGCUGAAAAAGUCGGAGGCGAAAGAUGGAGCCAAAUGCAAGAAGGUCGAAAUUACGAUAUCAGUUGACGGUGUUGCUAUACAGGAGCCAAGAUCGAACAACAUCCUAUACCAGUUCCCGCUUCACCGGAUAUCCUACUGCGCAGAUGACAAGGGCGCCAAAAAGUAUUUCUCUUUCAUCGCGAAAGGUGGCAGCACCGUCAAUGGCAUGAACGGUCAUGAUAAUGGGAACAUGGAGAAACACGAGUGCUUCGUUUUUAUUUCCACCAAAUUAGCGUCUGAGAUCACGUUGACGAUUGGACAAGCCUUCGAUUUAGCUUACAGGCGGUUCUUAAACGACAACGGCAAAUAUAUAGAAAUGCAGAAGCUCACGUUGCAGAACAAGAAACUCGAGCUACAAAUGAACGUGUAUAAGAAUCGAUUGCAGGAGCUUUCCAAGAUAACGUACAAGGACGACUUGUCGGCGUAUCUCGCCCGCAACAGUCUGGCGGAGAUCACGGAGUUCAAGGCGCCGCCGGAGCUGGACAAGCAGAUCGCGUCCCUCACGCUCGCCAACGGCUUCAGUGCCAUGAACGGCAACAAGACCCCCGACAUGGGCGCCGAUGCUCUCUCCAACAACUCAACGGACACGUUCAACUCGAGCAACGACAACAACCUGCUGCUCGCCACUCCUCCCCCGACUCACAAUGGGAAACCCAACCUUAGCACUGGAAAGCUCCUGGGUGAUUUAUCGUCUAACAAGAACCCUGUGGUAGGCACCAAGUUAGAAGGCUUACUGCUCAACUCAGACUCCGACAGUGAUUUCGAUCCUCGUGCAUUUGAAUCGGAGCCGAUGUCGCGCUUCGCGAGCCCCUUUGUUGAGAAGCCCGUGUCUCCAGCGCCACCGCUAUUGGCACCACCUCCCAAAGCAUCGAAGCGCCAGACAUCGCCACCCCAGCAGCAACAAGCCGCCUCUCCACCAAUCAACGGGAACGAUCUCUUCGGAUCCACACCGUUCUCAAUCCCGAACCAGACCGUCCAGCAACAACCGGCACAGACAACACAAAAUUCACCGUUUGGCGCGCAAAACGCUGUCAAACCGAACUAUGACAUUAGUGAUUUCAAUUUGCAAACUUCGGUCUUCAACAACACCACCACGUCGUUCACGAACGGCCUGACCGGUUACGAUCCGUUCGACACGCAGAAAACCGGCAACAUAUUUGGCAACGGUUUCGGCAACACGUUCAACGGCUUCGGUAACCUCAGCGAGAAACAAACCGUCGAAUUGGAUAGCAGUUUCAACGGUUUCCUAGACAAAACUAUUUCAGAGAUGAAGGAUGGAUUCAGCCGGGGGAUCAGCUUUGGAAACGAAGAUUUUUCAAUAGACAACCUGGAUCCCCUGAAAAAGAAUUAA